AUGGCAGUAUCAUCUACAGAAUCAACGAUAGGCGGUGCUGAUAGACUUCAGAGAUCUGUCGGUAACGUCUCCGGCUUGGCCCCCUCUCAGGUGUGGGGGGCAGGGUCGGGCCAUUGCGGCAAAUCCAGCAAGUGCCUGAAGAGGUUUAGAGUGGGCUCUCUCAAUGUGAACACCCUGAGAGGAAGAGUAUGCGAGGUGAUGGAAACACUCUCUCGCCGAAGAAUUGAUGUUGGUUGUGUGCAGGAAACCGGAUACCGAGGUGGACAGUGUCGCACUAUCAAGGGCAAGGAUUCGAAGUACAAGCUCUUCUGGUCUGGAAAUGACAAUGGUAUGGCUGGGAUGGGAGUGUUCUUGGCUGAGGAGUGGAUCGAGAAGGUUUUUGAGGUGCAGCGUGUCUCUGAUAGGAUCAUCCUAGUGAAGCUUGUGGUCGGCCAGCGUGUGCUCAUGACUGUCAAGAUCCCGGCAUCUGACUUCCUCAUCCCAUACGGAGAUUGGAAUGACCAUGUUGGUAGUAUUGGCACCGGAUUCAGAGAAGUGCAUGGUGGUCUAGGGUAUGGCAGGCCAGAUCCUGAUACAGAAGGUGAGAGGAUCUUGGACUAUGCACAGGCUUUUGAUCUCGUUGUCGGCAACACUUGCUUCAAGAAACGUGACAGCCACCUAGUGACAUACGAGUCUGGAGGCGCAGCUACACAGAUUGACUUCAUCCUGUUUCGUAGGAACAUGCGCAAACUUGUCACAGAUGUGAAGGUAAUCCCUGGUGAGGAACUUGCUCUACAACAUCAGCUCCUAGUUUGUGACAUAUUGAUUGACAUGCCAACCAAAGCCAAGCACAAGUUCAUACCUCGCCUAAAAGUCUGA